ACCCCGGAGACUUUUUAUUUUCCCCUUAGGACCCUUCCCUGUCCGGGGCUCCGAGAGGAGUUUUAAUACAGAGAGGUGGGUUUCAUCAGAAUCUUUGAAGAAGCUCACGAGAUCUCCAUGGCUAAAGGAAGCGGCCAGGCGAGAAAGGGAGGCUAGGACGAUUUGGGGAUUUUUCAGCGAUCAAAUGGACGGUGACGAUGGAGGGAGGCGGCGGCAACGGCGGAGUUUCAAGCAACGGCUAGGGUUUAAAGUCAUGCGCUGUUGUGGGGCUACUUGGGGUUUCCGCCCGGCCACAGUGAGUGUUAGAGGCGGCGAUGAUGAUGACGACGAUGACGACCGGAUGGAACCGGAUGUGGAGGUGAUGAACACGCCACAAUUUCCGGAGGAGAGGGAGUUGGAUCUCCGUUGUUUGAGUCCGUUUAACAUUUCGUCGCCAGCGUCGUCCGGUAUGAACUUGGCCACCGCUCUGGCGGCGGAGCGUCGUUUGAGAGAGUCGCCACGUGGAACGGAGGAGGGUUUUGUGGAAUCCAGCACCGAGUUCGAUUCAUUUGCUGGAAUGAUGGGAAGCGGAACGCCGUUGAGGGUGUCACUGAUGCGGCUGCUGGAAGAAACAGACGGUGGCGGUGGCGGUGGCGAUGGUGGGAAUUUGGGAGUGACGGAAAAAAAGAUAGAAGAGGCGAGAAAUGAUUCGGUGUGCUGCGUCUGCAUGGGGAGGAAAAAGGGAGCAGCAUUUAUCCCAUGUGGACACACAUUUUGUAGGGUGUGUUCAAGGGAGCUGUGGUUGAAUCGAGGAUCAUGCCCACUUUGCAACCGUCCGAUCCUCGAGAUUCUUGAUAUAUUUUGAAGCACCACGAGAAGUAUGAUGCAGAUUAGAACAGAGGAGUAUUGGCGAGGGGGAGAGGAACUAGGAAGUGCUUUUGCCUCAAGAUCCGAGACAGAGUGUUUUCAUUGGACGGUGCUGAACGACGCCGUAUCGGAUGCGAGUAACCAAACGUUUUCACCUCCAAGAAAAUACUUAAUUAAUAGUUUCGAUGUAAUAGAUUAAUUUAAACCUUUUAUACAUCGGAUUGAACAACAACCGCUA